AUGAAAUGCCAGCCUACGCUCGACCUCUGGGGCCACCGGCUGAAGAAUGGCUUGUUGAUGAUGGCAUCCGCUAUUGCGACUAUCCCGAAAUCAAAGACAACUUUAUCAAAUUUCUCGACAACCUCUACGAUUCUACUACAAGAAAAUGAGGGCAAAUUGCAGGAUAAACAUCUGUGCCAGGAUGAUGAGGGUAUGCAACCAUUUUUGGACUGCUUGAACAACAACGCAUUUUCCGCGGUGGCGAGUUCCCUGCCCAGGCUGGCACGCUACAUGUCGGAGGAGAAGUGCAAGAAAGCCACGGAAUAUUUUACGAGCGCCCAGCUAUGGGAGACGGACUUUCCGUAUCAUCUACAGCCUUGCAUCAAUCAAUGCCACGAGCUGUGA